AUUACAAUACUCUUUUAGCAUUUCUCAUUCCGUCUUCAUCUUCUUUCUCAGACCUCAGCCCCUCUGUGGUCAGCGGUCACUUCUCUGCGAAACCCUAACACAGCUAAUCAGCUCAUUUCCGAUUCAGAAGAUGAUACGCAUCUUUAAGAAUAAACCCCUGAGACCAUUGAUCGAGUCUCCUUCAAGCUACAACUUCCUCCAGAGAUGCUCUGUGAGUGGGACCGCAAAGGGUAAAUCGAAGACGAAAACUGCACUGCCAUUGAAGCGGUCAAAGAUAACUGUAAAGAAAGGCACUGCAGAACCUGAUUCUAAAGGUGGAGGUGGAGGUGGAGGAGGUAAAGGACAAUCUCACAGAGAUCGGGUCGAAAAGUUCUACGAUCAAUGCUUGAAUGCCCCUACCCCUGUUAGGUGGUUAACGCCAGAACAGAGAGAACGCGAGAUUCAGCGAGCUAAGUUGGGGCUUAUUAGCAAAGAGCGGCAGCGAGAGAUUGAGAUGCUGAAGAUAGGCAAGGAGAAAUUGGGCAUCCCAGAAAAGCCAACGAUUCUUGGAACGCCCGGCUUGGAUUUGAUAUCGCUGGGUUUGGUUGAUGCGGAGAAGUUACCGAAAUAUAACCUCACUAUUGAAGAUGGCCGGAGGCUUGCCAAGGAGUACAGUAGGGUUUUGAUGAGGCGGCACAGGGCAAGGCAGGCGGCGGAGUCCACGCUGUUGAGGUUGAAGAAGGAGGCGAUUGAGGCAUUGCCUGAGCAUUUGAAAGCAGCAGCCUUGGUGCCGGAUCUUUCUAAGUUCCCAGCAAAUCGGUUCAUGGCAACUCUGACGCCUCCCAUUGAAGGCUACAUUGAGAAGGUUAAGGAGGCAGCUAGGAAGAGCUCUGAGAAGGGGAAGCUUAGAUGAAGAAUUGAUGCAGUGUUGCUGAAUUAGAUUAGUGCUUGUGUUUUGGUUAUUAGCAAUAAUCUGGGUUUGGUUUUGGCAAUUGAACGUGGGCUAAAUUUUGUAUUUUGAACCAAAAUUGUUGAGCUUUGCAUGUUUUCAUGGUUUAUGUUUCCCUGAUAUUUAGAUGAUUUAAAGAAA